UGUUGGUCACUCAUCUGUCAACGACGACGGCAAGACCACAAGACCGGCGAAGCCGGAGUUUAGUUUACAUAUUUAAUUCAAGUUUAUUUGGUGAAACAGUUGAGAGAAAAAUUCAUAAGUUUCAAAUCCCUAAAUCAUGGCUCAAAUCAAUCACUGGAAAAGUUUAAUCGACUGCGAUUUAAGUGGCUAUACUCUAAUAAUACCAAGUGUUGCGGUUGGAAAUGUGGGACAACUUGCUUGUGAUUUAGUUAUUUCUUCCUUACAAAUGAGAAAAAUUGCUCUGCUUUACAGUCCAGCAUUAAUACCUGUGUCGGGGUACGACCCUUAUAAGAUUGGAUCAUCCUCCUUAUCUGUGUGUUGUGAACUUUACGAAUGUGCAGACAGAAAACUAGUCAUUUUGUUGCUGAGGGCUCCACUCGUGUACAAGUAUGGACAGCAAUUUCUCACCGAAGUUGUGGAUAAAUUCAAGGCUGAUAACAUAAAGGAUAUUGUCAUUUUAACCAGUAGUUUUGCUCAUGAGAAGAAGCAUAUUAUGACGUCUCCAUUCAGAUAUGUGGCAAAUGAGUUAUGUACGCACAUGAGCAAGUUAAAAACCUUGGACUGGGUUGAACAUGAAUCAAAGGAAGAUGGUGUUAAGAUACUUGGUGGAGGCUUUGCAUCAAUAUUGUACCAAAUUAUUAAGGAAAAGUCUGUACCAUGCUUAGUUCUUUACAAGUUUGCUUCUGAAGGAGACAAUAUACCUGAUGCUUAUGAAAUGGUGCAGCACCUGAAUACUGUAGUUCCUCUGUUUGAUGAGCCAGACUUUUAUUCACAAUUAAUCCAUCCUGUGUCUUGGAAUCUCAUGUUUGGUGGGCCACCUCCUAGAAAUAUAUACUAAAUGCUUUAUUGUAACAUAAGAAAUGAGGUUUUAACAACAAUACAAUUGUUAAUAGAGUAUUAUAAUUGACUACAAAUAAAAAAUGGAUCAUCACUGUAAAGUAUGUGAACACCAACGUGAUGAUUAUUUGUACUACUGUUUUAAUAAACUUUUUAUUAAA